AUGGGGCAAGGAACAUCGGGAUUAGUUGUUGGAAAGGCUGAGAAGUUUGACUCAACUUUGGAGUUUGAGCCAGGCCAUAAAAUAUUUGCACAAACUGAAAAGAACAAGCGUACCAGAGGUACUGUGGUGUUUUGCUAGUCUUGAGUUAGGAAUACUUAAAGUAUAAUGGCAUGUUGCUGCAGCACACUAGUUAAUGCAUCAGUCAUAAUCAAGUCUCAUUUCUGUGAUCUGUAGUUUUCUGAUUAACCCAUUAAUCUGCGAGACUCUUCCUUUAACAAGUAAAAUUGUUAGACAGAGUACAACAAUAAAGUAGGCACAUUGUGGCUUAUUGGGUAAAUUAUUGCCUCAGUCAUAUUUCAGUUCUUAUAAGUUUGGAUUAGGAAUCCUCUUGUAGUAACACUAAGCCAAAAAGGAAAUGUUGUCCUUUUUUGGAAGACUAAUUCUAUGGAGUUAGACUGAUAGAGCUUCCCGAUGUGAAGGUUACAAUAUUCCUGGAACAUUAUUGUAAAAUAAUUAUUAAACUGUUUAAGCCAACACAGAUUCCCAAAUGGAUUUCCAAUCAUCAGAUGAUAAAAGUGAGGAAAUGCACAGAAGCAGUUCAGGAACAAGUAUUCUUCCUCAAUCUGUUCCAACCAUGUUCAAAUGGGAAAAUGGUGGAAACAUUGUCUACCUUUCAGGCAGCUUCAACGGUUGGAAUUCUAGAAUUCCAAUGCAUGGAAGGUAUGGAUGAUUAGGGGUGGACUAUUAGAAAAGUAAUGGGGGGGGGGGCGUUUUUAACUUGUACGAAUAUUUUUUUAAAUUUUUUGCUUGUGUCAAUAAUUUUUUUAAAUAUAAUCCCUUGCACAAAUUUUUUUUUUAUUUCACCUUAUAAUUUUCCCUAUUGAAAAGUCUCUGCACUAAUUUAUUUUGGUGCACAAUUUUUUUUCUUCUUUCUGUUUCCCCUGCAUGAUUUUUAUUUUUGCUUCCCCCCCCCCAUCACUUUUCUAAUGAUCUGCCCCUUAAGAAAUUGUACACCUUAUACAUCAUGUUGUAAUUAGCUGAUCAAUGCAAUUAACCUUGUUUUAGUAAUGGUGAAUUUGUUACAAUUAUUGAACUCCCUGAAGGAGAUCAUGAGUACAAGUUUUUUGUUGAUGGACACUGGGUGCAUGAUCCUAAUGCAGUGAGUGCUAAAUGUUUUAAUUUUUUAAAUAUACAUACUAAGUCUCGAGCUUGUAAUUAAAGUCUACUCUGUGUUGCAGCCAACAACAAAUGACAAUUUCGGAGGCCGCAACAAUGUCAUCACGGUGAAGACAUCUGAUUUUGAAGUGAUGGAAGCAUUAGAUGAUGAUGAUCGUCAGUCUGGCUCAGGUAUCACAGUUUCAUCUCCUCCAGGGUCAUAUGCACAGUUAAUACCCUCACAUCAUAACCCUGUUGUAAUACAAGAUGGUAUGCAUGCAAGUAUUCCCCCAGCAUUGCCGCCACAUCUUCUUAACGUCAUUCUCAAUAAAGAGGCAAUAGAUGUUAACGAACCAUCACUUCUGCAAGAACCUCAUCAUGUCUCAUUAAAUCAUCUUUAUGCUCUUUCUAUAAAGGUGAGUGUGUGAUCUUUACAAAAUAUAAAUAUUAAUACCAGGCACCAGAGGUAUAACUUAUAACACUAGCCCAGGGCAAGUGAUUAUCAUGACGGGCAAGUAAGCGUUUUAUCUUGCUUGCCCGAAUGCCCGAUUAGGCAAGUUGGCCUUGCCACAAAUAGCUGGGCAUCUUUAUGUGUUCAUUGGAAAAUUUAUGUUUUCAUUGUCAGAUAAAUUUUUUAUAGUACAUAUACUAGUUGAUUCAAAUUUUGUUUUUGUGGGCCAAAGCUAGAUCUGAGGCAGUAUACUGUAACAUGUUGUCCCCUUAAUUUAUACCACCUACCUAGGUACCCCAGUGGCCAUUUGUCUGAUGGCAAGUUAAUUUUAUUCAGGGCAACUAAUUUUCAUGUCCAUUAGGCCAAUCAUGCAGAUAUAUAUCUGGUCCCGAUUAACCAAUCACAUGCAUGUGUAUUCUGAACUUCUUUAUUGACCGAGCUUGUCUUGUCGAAAACCUCUUGAUCAGUGGUGAUAUAUAUCUUUUUGUUAGGAAGGCGUAGCUGUCCUUAGUUCUACCCAAAGAUACAGAGAAAAGUAUGUCACAACAUUAUUGUACCGACCAAUAAAAUAAUGGAUAUUACCUCGCAAUGUAAUUGUGAUGAAACUGGAGUGUUGUUUUUCUUGAUUCAUGCAAGAACUGCCACAAGUGAGAGCUAUGAAAAUGAUUGAAUUGCAAUGAAUCUGCAUGUUUGUACUAGCAAAUGUGUUGGUGGUGAAAUAUGAAGAACUAUACUGUGUGUAAAAUAUUAGCAUACAUGAAAAAGACUGUUAUAUUAAUGCACAUAUCAAUGUUAAGCCCUGGCGGGCAGGGUGGUAGGGCGGGCUACCCAUGUGAUAUUGACAGACUUGUGUUUUGACCACAAUAGCUAGUCUGUUACAGGGGGAUAUGACAAUUUUUUUGAAAAAGUCGAUAAAUAAUCAAUAUUUUUUUCCAAAAAAUUGUCAAAUCCCCCUGUAACAUAACCCCCACCCACCCCUCACCCCACCCUGAUGCUUAGCAUUGAUAGGUGCAUUAAGAAAAUACUGCAACCUUUUUACCUUCAUUAGUAAAUGUAUAAAAGAUGUCCUAAAAGUAAGUGUGAAACCUUACAUAUAUAUAUACAAUGUAUAACAUACACCAUUCCAGUAUGAGUAGCAAAUAUUGGUAUGUAUCAAUUAAUGGGCCGGGGGGGGGGGGGGGUUGGUUACCUGACGGCACAAUUGUCCUUCACUAUCCCCUGUUAGCCCCUACUUAACAAUGAGCCAAUCACAUCGCAGUGAAUUGUAACCUGGCCUUGAAAGCGGGUUGUUCAAAAAAUUAUCAAGAUGGCGGCAUGUCGCAAGGAGUUGCAAACGUGUAGAUCUUUUGAAAAUGACUUGAUUUCUAGUAAAAAAUGAAGACAGGAGAUCGGAAUUUUGACAAAGGCUUCUUGUACAAUGAAAAGGCUUUCCCAAACAUGGCGACAAAAGGCCAAAUCAACCGAGAAAACAUCAAAACAUGCAAUGGUAAACAACAAAUAUCAAGACUCUAGUACACCAACCACUGGCUUGCAAGGUGGGUACUUGUUUCAGUUAAAAUAUACACUCUUGUUUUAUACUUAAAGAUACUCAAUUUAAGAUGAAUAAUUUUAUGUUUUUAUUCAGAGGGUACACCGCGUCGAUCUCAGCGUCUGGCAAACUCCAAGUCUUUGAAAAAUGACGUUCAGGAUGUUUUGCAAGACAUUACAGUUCAAUGCAAUAAAAAUUCAGCCAGUAACACUGUCAAGGUAGUUUUUAGUUAAAAUUGCUUUAUAAAUAUCCAAUAGUAAAAUGUGGUUGAAAUGUGACUUGUCAUAAAAUAUCAUGUUCCUUUGUCAGGGGAAAGAUAGUUCAACUGAACAGUGUAGCCUCUUUAAUUCAUCUUUCGGAUUUGAUGCACAGGCCCUCUUGGCUGUGGAUAAGAUGGAGCAAGAACAUAUGAGGGGUAAGAAGAAACCUGUACCCAUCCCUGGGCUAUCUCCAAUUAUCCCUAACCCAUCCCCAAGGUCCUCUUUACCCUUUACAACCACCUGCAGCAAAGCUAACGAUAUGCAAAGUACUCCUAAUGAAACCACUCGUAAAAACAUGGUAGGUCGUUCAGGAUCGCUGGUUGAAACAAGUCGUGUGGUUUUGUCAGCGGCAACAAGUAGUAUGGUGCUUCACCAUAAUGUUAAAACUCCAAGUGUGUCUGGAAUGGUUUGUGUUUCUUCGUCAAAACUGGCAGACAAUGAGAAAGUUAGUCUAGAAAUGGCAUUUAACAGCAAACCAACAAAUGGAGGAGAAAUGUCUAUUGGGGAAAUAUCUGAAGGGGGACUGUCUAAUGAUCACCAGACAUCGGGUACACAUGACCAAGAAAAACCUGACAUUAAAACACCUAAGAGACCUGACAUAGAAACAUCUAACAUAAAGACACCUAUGUUAAAUGGAGGAGAAAUAUCCACAAACAACAGCUCAAGCACACAGAACAGCUCUCAAGGCUGUCUUACACAGGAGCAAUGUGAACUGUCAUCAUGGGGUCUACCUGACAGUAUUCUUGAACAAUACUUGAAAAUUGGCAUUACUACCAUGUUCGAAUGGCAGGCACAGUGCUUACGUACUGGAAAUGUUUUAAAUGGAGGUAAUACAGUGUUUCUGCUUUGAUUGUUAAUUGAUUUACCCACCCUGCCCCCUUGCACCCACCUAUCCCUCCUACCCACCUAUCCCUCCUACCCACCUCACAGCUUCUCCCACCCACCUUACAUGGGUGUUACCUUACAACUGUAAAAUAUUUUUAUGACAGGUAAUUUGGUAUAUUCAGCUCCCACAAGUGCAGGAAAAACAAUGGUUGCAGAAAUUUUAAUGUUGAAACGAAUCUUGGAAACAAAAUGUAAAGCUAUGUUUAUUCUGCCCUUCGUCAGCGUCGCACGCGAGAAGAUGUUUUAUUUGCAGGUUUGUUGUGUUUCAGCCAUUUAUCGAUUGCCUGGAUUAACACUAAAAAAUUAUUAUAGAUACAGACAAAAUACGCAUGCCACAGAGAUUUAACCUGUGCUCCGUGACCAGACGUGAGCCUAUAUGGCAGCAGUCAGGCUACAUUCGGCAGGGGCGGUUAAAAAGCUGCAGGAAAUUUGUUUGAAUGAAGAUUUGCUAUUGAAAAUUUGAAGGAAACCUUAACACCCAUGUCCCACUAUGGGCGCAACAACAUAUGGUUGACAGACAUUAUUCCUUGAAUUUAAAACCAUGGUCAGCUAGGACACUAUAUGUUUAUGCACAUGCAGAUUUAGCACAAAAACCCUCCGUUGGUCUGCAGGGAAGUUUUGUCUCCAGGUUCUGCUCCCAGGAAGAAAAUUCUUUCUUCCUGCCCUGACAUUCAGUGGGCCUGCCCUAUCAGGUUGUGCUGCGUCCUUCGUAAUUCAGAUUAGCUCUCAGCUAAAAGUAAGGAUCAGGGCGCUUAUAUAUAUAUAAGCGCCCUGGUAAGGAUGAAUAACUUAAAAAUGAUCACAUAGACUAACUAUCAGGCAAACUUCGUAAAGCAAGCUCGUCCAAACGGUUCAUCCCCAUCUACAGUAUUAUUAAUAGACAACUUGCAUGUUAGACUAAUUUUUUAUCUAGGCAAAAAAAGUAAAUUACCGCGUAAAGAACUUAUUAAAAUUAGUAAAAUUGCAAAAUUUGGUUACGAAAUGUUGUAAAAUACGGAAAAUAUAGCAUUGCGAAGUUUGCACAUUUUGUAUAUGUUUGUAUUACGUGCGGAAAUUGUUACCAUUUUGAGCCGAAAAUGGUAACAAUUUCCGCGCGUAAUACAAACAUAUACAAAAUAGGCAAACUUCGCAAGGCUAUAUUUUCCAAGCUUUACAACAUUUUACUAAUUUCAUUAUGUUCUUUUUAGCUGUGGUGUUUGAUUCCCUUCUCUUUACUUAGAUUAAGAUUUAGUGUAACAUGCAAGACUUUGUCCAUUGAAAAGAUGGAAUUUUAUAUACAAAAUUUGUCGUGAAUAAAGUUUACAUGAUUACGCCAGAUGACAAAGUACGAAGGAAAGUUUCAGUGUAAACCAGUUAUAACCCAACUAAGCUUAUUUCUGUCUUGAAAUCCAAUUUUAGCGCAUGUUUGGUGAAGCAGGAAUAAAGGUUGAUGGCUACAUGGGCAGUCAAGUUCCAACAAAGGGCUUUGGUUCCAUUGACAUUGCCGUGUGCACGAUUGAGAAAGCGAACGGUUUGGUAAAUCGUCUCAUGGAGACCGGACAGCUACACUCCGUGGGAGUGAUCAUUGUCGAUGAAAUGCAUUUGAUAGGAGACACAUCAAGGGGAUAUCUUCUGGAGUUAUUAUUGACCAAAGUUUUAUACAUGUCACAAUGUACUGCAGGUGAGAACAAUCAGCAGGCCUUAAAAUAUCUUUUCCAGGGCCGUCUGACAAAAUGUCCGGUGACGUUGAGUUUGGGUCGGACAUAUGUCCGAUGACCUUCAGUUCAUUUUUGACUCGGAAAUAAGUCUGAAUGACCCAAAUGAAUAAACGGUAAAUGUUGUAAAAAUAUUAAAUAAUUUGUUUCUUUCAUACUUAUUUCCAAGCCAAAAUUAACUUGCUUUCCAGAACAGCAGUAUCAAAACAACUUAUCUUCGACAACUUAAGCCCGUUUUCCACUUCACCAUUUCGCUCACCGCCCCGUGCUCGACUACGUUAAAACAACAUUUCCAGUUGACCUUUUAUACAAUAGUACUCUGAUUUUCCAUUUAACACACAAGUUUCUUGUCCUGGGCUAGGGUACAUUUUGAUUUACGUUGGACAAAGCUACAGUUCGGUUGGACACCAAUACACUCGGGUGAGUCGGGUCGGACAAACAAUAAACCUCAGUUUCACUUAGGUCGGACAGAAUGUCCGGUGGUUUCCUUUCUACGUCGGACAAUUUUACGAAUGGGUCGGACAAUGUCCGUGACCGACCGAUAUUUUAAGGCCUGAAUCAGAGGUGUAACUUAACACUUGCCCGCUUGGCAAGUGAAUAUCAUGAUGGACUGCAAGUGAACGUUUUAUCUUGCUUGCCCGAUUGGGCAAGUUGCCUUGCCACAAAAAGCUGGGCAUCUUUAAAUUUAUGUUUUCAUUGUCGGAUAUAAAUUUUUCAUAGUGCAUGGACUUGAUUCAAAUUUUGUUUUUUGUGGGCCAAAGCUAUAUCUGAGGCAGUAUAACAUAGCCAUAUAGAGCAGUGGAGAACGGGUCGACAUGUUUUCCCCUUAAUUUAUACCCCCUACCUAGGUGCCCAAUUUUAUUCAGGGCAACUAAUUUUCAUGUCCAACUUGCCCUGAGGGCAAGUGGUCAAAAAAGUAGAGUUACACCACUGACAAGCCAUGUUACAUAAGGCAAUUUUCUGUGUGUAUAGCGAGAAACGUCUAUAAUAAUUUUGUUCAACUCUUGUAGAUACCUUGUUAGAACGAAACGUCCAAAUCAUUGGCAUGAGUGCUACUUUACCAAAUUUAAAUGUUCUUGCAACUUGGCUCCGAGCCGAUCUGUAUUUCACCAGCUAUCGUCCAGUGCCUUUGACGGAAACUUUUAAAGUUGGUCCAGUUAUCUACGAUAGAUCAGGCAAUGUGUUACGUGAGUUGAGCCAGUCGCGCAUGGUCAGCGGUGACGAUGAUCACGUGUUAGUGCUUUGUCGGGAGACCGUAGAAGAAGGAAAUGGCGUGUUGGUUUUCUGUCCCACAAAGGCCUGGUGCGAGAAGCUGGCUGAAUCUAUCGCGAAAUAUUUCUAUGCAUCGGGUUCUGCAAAGACGGGUGAACCUUCGUUGGUGAUGUUUGACUAUGACGCACUGAAGGAUGUGUUUGAGCAGCUCAGAAGUUGUCAAGUUGGGCUGGAUAAUGUGUUAGGCAAGACAUUGCGAUACGGAGUGGCAUACCAUCAUGCUGGCUUGACGUAUGAUGAGAGAGAUAUCAUUGAAGCAGGCUUUAGACAGGGCAUUAUUAAAGUACUGGUAGCUACGUCUACUCUAUCAUCAGGUAACUAUGUUGACCACGCUGGUUUUUAUUGAGUUGUUCAGUGAGCUCAGUCAAGCCAAGCAAUUGUAUACAGUAAUUGACUUGCUGAUUGAUCAACCCUUCCCACUGACUGAAUGACUGAGAUACUCGCAGGUUACCUAGGAAAAUAGUAUUUAAUCUCAGCGUUAUUGUUUCAGGUGUAAAUCUUCCCGCACGUCGAGUGAUCAUCAGAACUCCAAUGUUCUAUGGUAAACUUCUGGAUGCUUUGGUCUACAAACAGAUGUCAGGGCGUGCCGGGCGUAAAGGUGUUGAUUCUCAGGGAGAAAGUAUAAUUAUUUGUAAAACAAAUGAAAAACAGAAGGCACGGAGUUUGCUUGAAGAUGAUCUAAAGCCUGUUGAGAGUUGUCUUGUAGGUAAGAAGAUGCUUUGACUGUUGGAAGUUACAGUACUGCUUAGAAAUAACCAAAUAAAAACCGUGGCGGAUAUUCUAUGGAACCUUUGAUUUUCUAUUUUGUGCCUUGGAUAAACCAUCGCAACCAAACUACAAUCUAACCGCAGUCAUACUGCAUCUAGAUUGCAACCAAAAUACCAACGAAACCUCAUCAGAACUGCAGCAGCCGUAUUUUUAGGUUACUUUUGAAUAGUACUGCAAAAUUGCUUUACCUUGAAACUGAUCACGUUCCGAUGUCUUCUAGUAAAGAGAAGUGAUGAAGAUGAAGGGAAUGGAAUCAAGCGAGCUCUGCUGGAAAUCAUUGCCAGUGGUGUGGCGACCACACCUGCAGACGUACAGCGAUAUGCUUCCUGCACGUUCUACGUCUCGAGCAAAGAACAAGAAGAUGGCGAGAGCACGAAGAAUAUUAUCGCGACCACUGUGGGAUAUCUCGAGAAGAAUGAAUUUAUAACUUUGAAGAAGAAAGAAGAUGCCAGCACAAAGGUAUAAAUAUGCUUACAGUUUUUCAUUACAUGUAUUAGCUAUGGCUGCGAAACUGAACCACAUCCUGAACUGAAAGCUUACUUUGUAAGUUACUGCUUUGCAAGGCAGGUGAACAGUGCAUUUAAGAGGCUUGGACUGGGGCACGAGUCAAUCGCAGCUCAGUGUCGAUAGAUUCUCGUACGUACUAUCAGCUUGGUCAUGUUAAGAAAGACUUAACUCCAUCUGCAUGACUCACAAUUAAAACACAUACUAGCUAGCCCUGUUCUAACUUCUAAGUACAGUAGCUCGCUCAAGUGUGUGUAAUAAUGCACACGGUUCAAUGUCUUAAACCAUUAUUUUCUGUGAGAGGCGUGUGUAGUACUAGUUCACCAGCUCAAAGCAGUAUUCUCUCUUACAGGCAAACUCCUCUACCACUGAAAGGUAUGUUCCAACACAACUUGGUCAGGCGACACUUGCCUCUUCACUCUCGCCAGAUGAAGCCCUCGUUGUGUUUGCAGAUCUACGCAAGGCUCGUAAAUGUUUUGUGCUGGAAAAUGAACUACAUAUAUUAUAUCAGGUGUGUACAUUAACUUAUAUGGACGGAUAGUUUCACGGUCGCUAGUUGGAAUGGUGUGGACUGUGGAUCUUUUUUGUCUUUUGUGUACUUUAACAAAUCAGUCUUCAUUUCUUGCGAACUAUAUCGACAUUAUUCCAUAGGGCAUUGGCCAUCUUGAUGAAUAUGGUCGCAAUAGCCACGCCAAAUAGCAGGCUUUAAGGGAAUCGAUUUAUAAGCCACAUUUGUAGAUGUCUUUUUAAAUAAGAGUUUCCCUGAGCGAUUUUGUAAAUAAGUAUUUUCCCUUUAUUACAGGUGACGCCAAUCUACGUGCAAGACCAGUGGCCUAACCUGGACUGGUAUCAAUAUCUGCGUCUUUGGGAACGCCUACCGUCUCAUAUGAAACGUGUUUCAGACUUGGUCGGUAUUGAAGAACGCUUCUUGAACCGUGCAAUCCGCACUCGGCCUCCGACGCGUUCCGAAGCUCAACGACAUGCUCUCCGAGUACACAAACGUUUCUACGUCGCACUGGCGCUUCACGAUCUUGUCCACGAAGUUCCACUCGAUACCGUUGCACGCAGGUAUGGAGCGAGUCGUGGAAUGUUCCAGUCACUACAGAGUUCAGCUGCGACUUUCGCUGGUAUGGUUACUGUGUUCUGUCAUAAGCUGGGUUGGAAUAACUUGGAGAUGUUGUUAUCACAGUUUCAGAAUCGUUUGACGUUUGGUAUUGAACGUGAACUUUGUGACUUGGUCAGAAUCUCAGCUCUGAAUGCUUUUCGUGCACGAGUGUUGUAUAGUGCAGGAUAUCACACCAUUGCCGCUGUUGCUGCUGCCUCCCCUGCUGAGGUUGAAAAACAUCUCAGAAGUGCAACACCAUUUCAAAGCAACAAGAAGUCGGAGGGCGAGUCUGACUACGAGCUACGCAGACGCAUGCGUGCUAAGUGCGUAUGGGUGAAUGGUGGGAAGGCGCUGACCGAAUCUGAAGCAGCUCAAGAAGUAGUUAGGGAGGCUUGCGCACUUUUGAAGGAAGAUGCUUUGAAAUUAGGCGUGACUUGGAAACCUGGCGCGACAGUCGCUAGUGGUGAGCAAGAUUCGAAACCUAUUACUAAUAAUGACGUUUCUCGAAGUCAGAAUAUUGAAUAUAAAAAUGGUGACAAUCAUGGGCAAGAGAAAAGUUCUGAAGAUUUUCUGGCAUGUAAAGUUACACAAUCAUUAGAAACAUCGAAACUAAGACAAAAAACCUCUGCAAAGAACUUACAAAUACCACCCUCGAACAACGUUAUGAAAUCGUCGACUAAGGAUCCUCAUAUACAAGACAACAGGAAAGAAGGCUUAUGUUCUGAAAUGUCUUCGAAAAAAGGUGACAAUGUCAAUGACAAUAUGGCUGUUUCAACAUGCAAUGACCAAGUUUCAAAAGAUUUUAUUGCUACCACAUGCAGUAAUACAAGUACGGCACCUUCGUCGCGUCCAGCCGUGGGAAAUUCUACAAUAUCUAGUAACGUCGCAGUUGUGUCGUUACCUGACCAGAUAGCUGUAAAUGAAAAUGCAAAUAAGACUAAAGACAUUGUGUCUGAGACCUCUCAAAUCCCAAGAAGUACCACUUUAUCCAAAGAAGAACCCGUCCAAGGAUCUUCAGUAUCACACUCUGCAUCCAUCCAAGGAUCUUCAGUAUCACACUCUACCAGAACUUGUUCUAAUAUUAUCUACACUGCAAAAGAAAACUCCAGUGAGGCAACCAAUUGCACCAACGUUUCGCGUUCUCCGAAAGGCUUCACUUUGAGGAAACCCCUCUUUGAAACACAUGGUGAUACUUGCAAGAAGGUGUUCUCUAGCGUCAGAGAGUUGCCUAACAACAAAGAAUUAACGUCGGAUGUCGGAUCGAAACCUUUGAAAGGAAUGGGCCGGGAAACUCCAAGGAAGAAACGAGAUAGUAGUCUGAAACGGAAACAUUCUAUGAGUAAAAGUCCCAAGGAUGGCAAUGGACCGAAAGUGAAAUUAAUGGAUCCCCGGAAACCUUCUGGAUAUUCAGACAAGCAAGUGAAUGCUAGAGAAUCGAUACUCGAUCCCCCGAGGUCAAAAAGCGGAGUGAAUGAUCAGAAAGAUAAUUUCUAUACAGACUGCUUGGAUAAUUUUAAGAUGAAAGAACACGGAACUCCAAGCAAAAGAAAGGCUAGAUGUGUUCUUCUCCUGGAAUCUUCAACCGAUAGUCAGAAAGUCUCUUCGGGAAAAGUACCAACACUGAGUAAUAAUAAAAAAUAUUCUAAUCCAAUUGAGCAAAGUCAUCAAGUUUUAUUACCAGUAACUAGUGAAUUCUCAAACAAAAUCAAAACACCGGAAAAAAAGAUCACGUCUUCAGAUCCUUUGGGCGAAAAACAUUUUGAUGUUGUAGAUAUGAACGAAUGUAUUACUAUGGAAAAAAAUAAGCCUAAUUCACAUUCUAAGUUUGAAAAUCCCAUAAGCGAAGUUACAUCUAACCUCGGUAACCCUUUCUCAUCAAACACUAAAACACCAACAGGAAGGCAGUUUGAAGUCCAAGAUGAAAGUCCUGAGUUGAUAACAACGGCUGAAACCGACAAAACUACACCAGCACUAUCCAAAGUACCGUUUACUGAAAUUGAAUAUAAAACCACCAGCCCUGAUUUGUUAGUGACAAGCCCGGAACUAUAUUCUGAGGCGUUAUUCCCCGACUAUCAAUCCCCUCAGGACCAAAGUUUUGAAAUGCAAGUUGACAAAAUGUCUGAAUCGAGUGGAUUUGAGAACCUGGAUAUAAGCUUGCAAAACUUAGCAGUCUCUCUAAAGGAAGAAGAGAAUAAAAUAUUAGUCGAGGAUAAGGAGGAAACGAAGCCUGGUGAUGAGGUACAUACUCCCUGUGGAGUUAACCUACAGGAUAAAAGACCUGAGGAAAAUAUCACAAGCCUGGCGGCUAUAUGUACCCCUGGAAUGUUUGACUCAGAGAUGCUCUUUUCCCAGCUUACCCAAGUUCCCUUGGAUAACAAUAGAUCACCUGAAGCUGUCAUUACUCACCGAAACUCAGCCGAACAAUGUCGACAAAAUACUGAACAACCAUUCAGCUUUGAUAAUUUGCAAAAAACUCCUGAGCAAUCCAAAGGAUAUUCUGAGGAAUUGCCAAAUAGUCCGGGACAAUCCAGAACAAGCCCUGAGCAGUCGCAAAGAAGCUUCGACUCGUUCUCAUUAAGAUUAUCUCAGUCAUUUGAGUGCGCAAGUGAUUCCGAUCUAAGUUCGAGGGCUCUAGCUGCAGUAGCUGCCUUGGAGGAAAAGGAAAUGAUUGCUAAAGAUAACCAAGACAAAAAGGGAUAUCCGAUGGAUAACCACGACAAGGGAGAACAUCCAGUAGAUAAUCAGGAUAGUGAUGGAUUUGAGGGGUUUCAAGAAAUUUCUAAUAUUAGUUUGUUGACAUUGGCUGCUAUUGAAGCGAUGGAUGAGGAAUUACAUCAGAAUCACACAUCUAAUCUCAAACAGAAAAAGAAUGAACCAAAGAGUGUGUGUGAAUCACAUGCCUCCCGCGAGUCGCGUGUUCCCCACGAAUCUUCCUCAGCCAGUGAGAGACGGUUCACAGAAAUCGAACAGCGUAGCUUGCCAACCAAGUCUGUGGUAUCUAAAUCCCACAGAUCUGCACAGACAGCAUUGUCCGAUGUCAAAGAGUGUUUGAAAAAGUCUCUUACUGGAUCAAAAUUCCCUUUUGAUAUCGUAGACAUUGCCAAAAACCGAAACUCCUUUGAACUUUUUGUUGAAAGCUGCAAAAGUAAUUCAUUUAGUUUUUCAGUUGCUUUGGAGAAACGGCAGCCUAGUGGAUUGACUAUUGGUAAGAAAUUUAACAAAGGAGAAAAGCGUUUGCCUGCAAGACAAAAACAUCGUUUAGCAAUUGAAGCAGAUAACUUGACAGUCGUGGGAGUUGCAGCUUGUUGGGGGAACGAGAGGGUAUUUUUUUUGUCUCUUGAGGAUGAGGGCAGUGGGAAAAGCGAGGUACCUUGGAAGGAGAGGAUGGACAGCUUGCAAAGUAUCAUGGGAUCGCAUGCGGACAAUCACGUGAAAAUAGCCUUUGGGAUGAAGGAUCAAUAUAAGGUCAGUAUUAAACAACCUUGUGUUGGCAUGAUGGAAUCAUUAUCUUUGCUAAAAUAACCUUGCUUUAUUCCUAGAGGUCCAAUUAAUAAAGGCAGUCUCUAAUUAGUUCAGCGUUUAGGAACCGUAAACUAACUUUAUUUAUACAGCACAUCUCAGUCUGUCAGACUGUUCUCCCUAGAGUCCACUAGAGGUCAUUUCUUGGUGAUACAGGAGUAAACCCGGACAAAACCUGCAGAUGUUUGCGCAUGUAAAUAGGUGGAGUGGUUAAUAAUUUCCACUGAUUGUGUUUCUACAUUUUCAGAUUUUGUCGCGGGCAUGUGGUGUCGUUGUUAAAGGUGAACUUCAAGAUCCAAAGAUCGCAGCAUGGUUACUUGAUCCUGGAGCAAAGGAGAAGAACUUUCUACAAAUGGUAGAACAUUUCUUUCCACAGAAAUCAAACUUACUACAAGGUAUAGAAAACGAACCCUACCCUGAAAAUGGAGAGACGGGGGAGAGUUGAAAUUUUCUGAUGAAAUAGACUACGAAUGAUUGAAAAAUUGAGUUUCCUUAAAUGAGUUAAAAAGGGAAUAUAUCAAGAAUACCCUUAAAAUCAUCUAUUCUGAAAAAAAGGAACCUUUAUAUUUGCCAGGUAUGAUUGGUGGUUGCGGCUAUGCAGGUUUAGGCCAAGCCACACAAAGUUCAGUUCCAGCCCGUGAAAGAUCCUGUCUUGAUGCAGUCUUCGCAAGAAUGUUAAUGGCUCAUUUUCGUCCGAUGUUGGAAGCUGAUGGACUUUGGGAAGCCUUUACAAAGGUAAGUGUUUAUCCCUGGGUUUCAUGGGCACUCAUAUAUACAUGUAGUGUCUUCCAGUCUAGUGAUCAAUCAGCCCUGCGGUUCGCAUUAAUGUGCUUGCGCGAACUGUGCCUUUUAUGAAGAUGAUGUAAUUUUGCUUGUUUUAGAUUGAAAUGCCAGUGAUCAAUUGUCUUGCUAGAAUGGAACUAAAUGGUUUCGGGUUCUCAAACAGCGAAUGCGAACAAAUCAAACAUGUACUUCGCGCGAAACUUUGCGCUCUCGAGCAAGAAGCAUAUGGCUUAGCAAACCGAAGUUUCUCUCUGACAAGCCCGGAAGAAGUAUCCCGGGUGUUGUUCCUAGAGCUCAAACUCCCCCCUGAUGGACAUACUGAUGUGUCACCCGGUAAAGCUGUGAGACCAACACGUGGUGGCAGACGUAAGAAGGUGAAAUAUUUCAGUACUUCGAAAGAUGUCUUAGAAAAACUCAUUUCACUUCAUCCGUUACCUAAAGUUAUCCUAGAAUGGCGUCGUAUAAACUCUGCUCUGACGAAGGUCGUGUUUCCUGUACAGAAAGAACAAGUGUCAUGUGACCCACCUCUCAGCAUGUCCCGGAUCUUCCCCACCGCUCUGACACACACCGCUACGGGACGGGUGACUUUUGUUGAACCCAACAUCCAGAACGUACCCAGAGAUUUCGAUAUCAACUUACCCACAGUUAUAUCUGAUACCCCUCCUAAUGAGGACUUGGAGAGAACUAAACGCCACAAGGGCAAGGGGGUGUAUGCCCCAAGAGAUGGUUUUGAACCUUCCUCUCCUGGUCCACAGUUUUCUGUGAGUCUGCGCAGUGCAUUUGUUCCGUUCACAAACGGGAUCCUACUUGCCGCAGAUUAUUCUCAACUUGAGUUGCGACUCAUCGCUCAUCUUUCAAGUGAUGGAAAGUUGGUGGGUUUUCUUAACGCCGGAGGUGACGCAUUCAGAAUGAUCGCUGGGGAGAUAUUUCACAUUGCUCAGGAUCAGAUUUCCGACGAGCAACGACAACGAGCGAAGCACGUGUGUUACGGAAUUAUUUACGGUAUCGGUGCGAAAGCUCUGGGACAAACACUUGGCGUUGAUGAAAACGAGUCUGCUUUAUUUGUGGAUGCCUUCAAGGCUCGGUUCACUGGUGUGCGUGCUUAUCUGAAGAGAACUGUGGACAACUGUCGGCGGUUAGGGUAUGUUACGACAAUCUCCGGACGUAGACGAUACCUUCCGAACAUUCGAUCGCCAAAUGCCGCGGCGAGAUCGCAAGCGGAGCGUCAGGCAGUUAAUACAACUGUGCAAGGAUCAGCUGCAGACUUGGUAAAACUUGCCAUGGCGAACAUCGACCGACGAAUGUGCGAGCAAUUCACUAACUGUUGGCAAACUCACCGACAGAAAUCCGAAGACGAACUCGGUCCGCGGUCACCAAAAUUCGGAAAACGUCGCGAACAGAAAUUUCGUGGAGCCAACCUCGUGUUGCAAUUACAUGAUGAACUGUUGUUCGAAGUGGUACAGCAAGAUUUGUCAAAAGUUGUUGGAGUUGUCAAAGACGAAAUGGAGGCCGCCAUGAAAUUGUCUGUUAAAAUUCCGGUGAAAAUCAAAAGUGGCAAAUCUUGGGGUACCAUGGUGCCCAUUGAGUUCUAGACAUCAUUGUUAACUACACUAUUGGUGGGUGAGAAGUAGAAGGUCAUCAACUUAUGUUGAAAAUGACUUAAAAAAAGGCCUAAAAAAUACCUGUGAUUCCAGUUUGAUAUCGCGAAAAAAUUAGGGUCGGUAGGUCGGAAAUAAUUUUUUUUAAAUCUUUUUUUUCCAUGGUUUUUUCAAUAAUUAGUGUGAGAACAGAUGCCAUUUUGGCAGCAGCCCGCGACCACCCGGAGAACAUAGGGUCGCACGGUCAAUCACAUUGAAAAAAUAAUAGGAAAUAAUAAGCCAAUAGGAACAAGAAAAUAAAACGAAAUUUUCCAAUUCUAUUUACUGAGGUCUACAACAUGCUUCUCUCAUUGUGGAUUGUGAUAACCAACAGUUGAUCACCAACGGUUACACAAUGGUGCUUGCUGAAGUCACCUAUUUUUGGAAUGUUUUGGUAGGGGAAUUAGGAUAUCUUUUAAUAAUUAAGUAUUUAUUCAAUAGAGUUUAUCACUAUUUUGUCUUUUUUUAUGACAAUGUACCAUAUUCUUGUAAAUUGAAUAAUUUAUUGUUUUUAAUAAUAUAAUGUAAAUAUAUAACUAUUUUUAUAUGCAAAUUAAAUAUUUUUUUCAAAAUUUUGACAGGUUUUGAAAUCUAUAUUCAAAACUAAAUAGUGGUAUUUCCAAGUUUCUUUGAACUUCCUAAUGUUUGUAGUAACUGAUGUCUAUAAUCCAUGAUUUCUUUGUAGUGACCCUUAGAAGAAAGAAGCUGAUUAUUUUUCUUAGCUUCUACAUGAAAACCUGAAGUUUUUAACUCGUACCAUCGAGGGGAAGGUCCACGAAUACGUUCCAAUUCUGAAAGAGAUUUCUUGUGUAGUAACCUGUCUUCUUCAAUCUUUAACCUUUCCAUUUUUAGUUUAGCUAAUUUGUACUGAUAUGGGCUUGCCAAGGCAGUUAGCGUUCGACAAGAUAGCAUCUCAUCCUCUGCAUUUCUAAACAGCGACAAAUCAAAGGAUUCAAUAGGUGUUUUAUCAAUGAUCUCUUGUGGAGUAGGAAAUAAAGAUCCGUUCAUGUUCAAUUUAAUCACAGACGCUUGAAGCGGACUUGUUCUUUCAAGAUGGCUCAAGUCGAUGUCGGUACUUUGGGUUCGAUGGACUGGAUUCAAGUACCAAGAUGUUUCAAGUGGGUUGUCUACAUGAAUAAUAUCAUCUUUAAAUCUGCUCAAUUCAGCUUCAGGGCCAUCUUCAAACUCACUGUGAAUGCUUACAUCAUCAGAAUCAUCACUUGCAGUGUCACUACUUAAAUUGUUACAAUUGCCUUGAGUUAGCUCCACCUUGCCAACUGAGCCAUCCAAAUAACCAAAGGAACCUGAUCGGCUUAGAGUCAUUUGACUGUUUGUUCGAUAUGUACUUGGUUUGGUUCUAGUAGCAGAGUAAGAUUAGCGUAUUAAUAGGGUA